UUUCAAAACUUACAGCCUUGUCUGCAGGAAAAACUUUCGCUGUGUUGAUAGCGAUACCAAAAUCUCAAGAUGAAGACCACCAAUUUCUUUCUUUCCUUCUUCGUCUUCCUCUACCAGUCAAUUGGCUUCUGCGUUGCUGUGAAUCAGUCUGCAAUUCCUGUGAAAUUUGGGUUAAUUCUGAACAUGAGCUGUCCAGUGGGAAAGAUGAGCAGCCUGUGCGUGUCCAUGGCGUUGGAAGAUUUCUAUUCUGAAGGCAACCACGCAAAAAGAUUGGUUCUCCGACUGCGCGACUCCCAAGAGGAUUCCCUUGCCGCUGCAUCUGCCGCUCUGGAUCUCUUGAAGAAGGAAGAGGUGGAAGCCAUUGUUGGUCCACAAAAUUCUGGAGAAACCGACUUCGUGGCCAAUUUGGGAGGCAAAGCUCAAGUGCCCACCAUUUCUUUCAGCGCAACAAGUCCGCUGCUCUCCUCCAUGAAGACACCAUACUUCAUCCGAGGCGCUCAAAACGACGCCGCUCAGGUGGGCGCCAUCGCCGACAUCUUCAAAUCUACAGAAUGGAGGAGAGUGGUCCUCGUCUACGAAGACAACGACUAUGGCCGGGGGAUGAUCCCUUCUCUAGCCGACGCAUUUCAAGGAAUCGGCGUGAUCACCACAUACAGGUCCGACAUCCCCCCCUCUGCGUCAGACCUCUACAUAGAGCGCGAGCUCUACAAGAUGAUGACCAUGCAGACCAGGGUCUUCGUGGUGCACAUGGGUUCGGUCCUUGGAGCCCAGUUCUUCCGGCUGGUGCACAAGCUUGGCAUGAUGAGCACAGGCUAUGCUUGGAUCGUCACUAAUGGCGUGGGAAAUCUAUUGGGGAACAUGGACCCAUCUCUGAUCGGUUCCAUGCGAGGGGUUAUUGGAUUACAGACCCAUGUGCCUCGAUCCAAGAAGCUUGAUGACUUUAAGGUAAGAUGGAUGAGCAAGUCCAAUAACUCGAGCCUCAAUGUCUACGGGCUAUGGGCCUACGACACCAUCUGGGCAUUAGCUUUAGCAGCUGAGAGUUCAGACGCCGGAAAAUCCAAGUAUAGGUAUUCGAAUGGGUCGGCAAAUUCAUCGGACCCCUUCACUUUUGGAGUUUCUCCGACAGGUGCAGGUCUCCUUAAGGCAAUCCUGAGCAGCAAUUUCAAGGGGCUGAGCGGCGACUUCCGGCUUGCCGGCGGCGAGCUGCAGGCGACCACAUUCCAAUUGGUGAACCUUGUGGGCAAAGGAAAGUUCAACAUUGUUGGGUACUGGGACUCCAUACAUCGGCUUCGGAAUCUUGCCGGCGAGUCGAAUCUGGGCUCGGUGACUUGGCCUGGUGGAGGGUCGGAGGCUCCCAAGGGCUGGGUCACGCCAACGAACGGCAAGACCUUGAAGAUCUUGGUUCCGAUGAAGGAUGGGUUCAGUGAGUUCGUGAAUGUGCAGGACAGCGCUCCCAAGGUCACAGGGUACAGCAUAGACGUAUUCAAGGAUGUGGUAAAAGCGCUGCCUUAUGCCUUGCCCUACGAGUUCGUGCCCUAUGGAAACAAGAGCGGGGACAACGAUUGGCCCUACGACGUCCUUAUUGAUCAGAUUUACAAGAAGAUGUACGAUGGAUUGGUUGGGGACGUGACGAUCAUAGGGAACCGAUCAAAGUACGUGGACUUCACAUUGCCUUAUUCGGACUCGGGGGUGUCCAUGAUCGUGCCCGUUAAAGCGACUAACAGGAAGAAGGCCGGGGUGUUCCUGGAGCCACUAACGCCGCAGCUCUGGGGGGUCUCCGCCGCCUUCUUCGUCUUUACCGGAAUUGUGAUCUGGGCGUUGGAGCAUAGAAUCAAUCCGAAUUUCAGGGGUCCGCCGUCCGAGCAGAUAGGGUUGAUCUUCUACUAUGCCUUCUCAACCAUGGUCUUUGCCCACAAUGAAAGGUUGGCUAGCAACUUGGCUCGCGUGGUGGUUGUGAUUUGGGUGUUCGUGGUUUUGAUCCUGACGUCGAGCUACACUGCUAGCUUGGCAUCCAUACUCACAGUUCAGCAGUUUCAGCCGGAAGCCACAGACCUGCAGGCCCUAAUUAAUCAAGGACAAAAGAUCGGCUACCAGUCAGGGUCCUUCGUGAAGGACAUGCUGAAGAUGAAGAAUGCCAGGGAUGAACAGGUCGUGGCCCUAAGCACAGACCAAGAAUACGCAGACGCUCUUCUAAACGAAACUGUAGCUGCCAUAGUCGAUGAGAUCCCAUACAUCAAAGUGUUUCUCUCCAAGCAUUGCCGUGGAUUCAUGAUAGUUGGUCCAACCUACAAGACUGAUGGUUUUGGCUUUGUUUUCCCAAAGGGAUCCCCACUGGUUUCAGACGUUUCUAGUGCAAUUCUGAAUGUGACUGAGGGCGAGUCCAUGUCCAAGAUAGAGAGGAGUUGGCUCGGCAGCCAGACCACAUGUGCAGAUGCUCAAGACCAACUGACCUCCAAUAGACUACCACUGUACAGUUUUAGGGGCCUCUUUCUACUCACUGGAACAGUUUCACUCGGGGCAGUCAUCAUCUUCUUUUUCCUCUUUGUACUCGACUAUCUCAAGAGCAACGCUCCAAGAAGACAAGGUUUCUGGCAAACGACAUUAUCAGUAGUUAAGCACUUUGACACCAAGGAUCUGUCCUCCAACACCUUUAGAAAGGAAACGCAGAAGACGACUGGUACUAUGAGAAGAAACAGCUCCAAAGUUCACGAUGUCCCGAUUGAAGAUCAUGAUUUGCAGAAUGAAAGCCAUGGAAGCCCCACAGUAACACCGUCUUCUCUCGAAGCAGAGGGAAACCAGGUGCCUGAUCAGGAGAUAAGAGAGGAAAAUACAUCUGUUCAUGAAGGCUACAUUCAGCUUGUUGCGCAGCGCUAAUAAGUGAUUGUGGAGUACGCUGUCUGACAAGUAAAGUAAUUUGUACAGCCGACUAAUAAAUGUUACAUAGUGUUUCAAGUGGCAAUAUGAAUAGGCCACAGAAAAUGAUCCGUCCGCUGGAUCAUGGCUCAUGAGGUAGCUGCAAGAAAUAGAUGAGGUUAACUAUAGUACAGUCUCUUCUCUUCUUGAGGAACUCAGAUUUACAAAAUGUAAGGGCAAAUAGAUACUCGACAAAUUAAUGAAACUUUCUAUCAAAAGUAAA